AUGCCUCACACAAAGAAAUCCCACAGCCGGAGCACGAGAAAAGCACGAAAAGCACCCAGUCACAAUCGGCAACAGCAUCACCACUCGCAUAGCAUCCGCUGGAUCUGUGCCUUGUCCAGCUGUGGCUCGACAUUUACGCGAGUGUAUGAUCUCAUUCGCCAUGAAAAGACCAUUCACGGCCCAAAGCAGACGUGCUCAUAUCCGCAUUGCAUAUAUGCCACUGCGAGAACAGACAAGAUGGUCGAGCAUGAACAAAAGAUCCAUCCCCGGGCCCAAGGGUCGUCUUCCGAAGCAGUCAAUAUUACAAGCGAAGCUAGCAAUUUACGCUCGCUUUUCGAGCAGGAUAUUUAUGGGGGACAAUCCGAGGCGAUCGAAAAAUUCCCGGUUCCUUUCGUGGAUGAGAAAAAUACGCCUUUUAGCUUCACUACCAAGAGACAUUGACCUACGGUAUGAGAAAUAACUACCUAGCCUUGCCAACUGACAACAUUUUCAACGACUUCGCUGUUCCCACCAAGCCGGACCAACCGCUCUUCAAUCCUUUUGAAGUUAGCAUUGAUUGGGCCAUCAAAAUGUCAAAGCCUCAGCCAUUAGGCGGGAAUUCUGUUAUCUAUGAAUGC